CUAUAUCUUCAUUCUGCUUCUUCUCAUAGGGGGAAAGAGACCGGAAAAAUAUGACAGGCUCAUUCUGGCACAACGUCCUACCAUCUCGAAGGCCAUCAUCAUCAGCUUCCUCAACCUCAACAACAUCCGAAUUUAUAGAUUCAUCCUCACGCAGCAGUCUCAACUUAAGUCUCCAAUCCAGCCACAAAGUAUCCCGAAAGCGACGAGAGUUAUUUGGUGAUUUUGAGUAUUCUGUCGAUAACGGGAAUAUGAACGCGAAUAUGCAAGAACCUUCGGGGAUGGAGAGAAAUUAUCCCGGUAGAGACACUGGAUUCCCAGAGCCUCUAAGUCAUGGUACGUAUCAUUCUUCCUCUCCCUUCUCAUUUUGCACACUGCCCAAGAUAGGUGUCGAGAUUCAUGGGAAGCUGAGACAAAAUAGAACGUAAUACAACACUUCGACAUCCCGAAGCAGAUACUUCCCCAUACGCGACUCUCGAAUCGACCGAACUUGAUAUUCAUCGUUCUCAUUCACGACUUUCCCUUAGGAGACUCCAUAGCAAACAUAAAGGGUCAUUUCUGAGCAUACCCUUACAUGAGGAGGUGGAGUACACAGAUGAGACAGAAAAGGAUGUGAAACGAAACGAGCUAGCCGAUUCAGACAAAACAGUAGAGGAAUAUGCAGAAAUAGAUGGCAAAGAUGAUCAAGGUUAUAGGUCCGGGGAAAGAAAGAAGGGGAUGCUUCAAAAGCUGAGUUUACAUAGAGGUUAGAUGACAAAGUUGAACAGCGAAGGUGCAGGCAAUUAGGAGUUUGGAAGAAACAAUCUUGAUGAACACAGGACAACACAAAAAUGAGCGGGAUUUGAUCAAGUAAGCGAGGCGUUCAAUGGGUUUGGAGUUCGGAGGUCCGAAAGGUUGAUAAUAAAUACUAUCCCUUUGUAAUUAUUGCUUUAUCUCGAUAGAAC